UACAAUGCCAGCAUCGUGUGAAAAGAAUCCUACAGCAAUCGCCACAGCUAGGUCAUUAGCACAUGUUCCCUGGUGCGAGCAGUAUGAGCGAAUGGUGUCCGGAAUGCUGUACGAUCCACUGGCCCCCGAGCUGAUGGCGAGUCGCUUCCGUGCCCGCCAGCUGAUGUCGAAAUACAAUGCCCCCAUCUCGGACCAGAUCACAUGCGAGGCGCUCACUGAACAGCGCGAGCAGUUGCUGCGACAGAUCUUCGGUGCUGUGGGAAAGGGCGCCUUUGUCGAGCCCCCACUGCAGGUGGAUUACGGAUGCAAUAUUGUUAUCGGGGGCGGGUUUUACUCCAAUUUCAAUCUUACUAUCCUGGAUUGCUCGUUGGUCGUGAUUGGGGAUCGCGUGGCUUUCGGACCGAACGUCAAUAUCAUAGGUGCCACCCACGAGACCAGCGUGCAGUCCCGCCGGAACGGGGUGGAAUUUGCCAGAGAGGUCCGGAUUGGGGAUGACUGCUGGAUUGGCGCUGGGGUCAUGAUGCUACCGGGCAUAACCAUUGGGAAAGGAUGCACGAUCGGUGCUGGGUCGGUUGUCACGAAGGAUAUUCCCCCGUUCAGUGUGGCCGUGUGCUCUCCGGCUCGAGUCAUCAAGCAGGUGGAGACUACUGAUCAUUGAAUCACGACCUACAGAGAUGCAAUACCAAUGACACUUCAUAUCAAC